GAUUUCCAGUGGGCGUGGCGCAUUCCACACUGAAAAAGCCUCCGCAGGGCCUCAGGCGACCGCGCCCCUCACUCAGCGCCGACUUUAAAAAAACUAAAACUAAAAAUUCGUUUAAAAAGUUGCAAAUUUCAAAUUCCUCGGACGGUUGCAAUUCUAGAAGCGAAACUUUGCACGAAUCUCCGUCGUUUUUUUUUGGCGAGGCCACCCGCGCGGCCGUCUUUGUAUCUCUCUCGGUGGUGGUGGUGAUUUUAAGUUUCGUGAGGACCUCAGCGUUCACGACGAGCGUGAUGGACGACAUCUUUGCGCAGUGCCGAGAGGGCAAUGCGGUGGCCGUCCGCCUGUGGUUGGACAACACGGAGAACGACCUCAACCAGGGCGAUGACCACGGCUUUAGCCCCCUGCACUGGGCCUGCAAGGAGGGGCGAGCGAGCGUGGUGGAGAUGUUGGUGAUGCGUGGAGCACGGAUUAACGUGAUGAAUCGUGGCGACGACGCUCCUCUCCACCUGGCAGCCAGCCACGGGCACAGAGACAUCGUGGCCAAGCUGCUACAGAGCAAAGCGGACGUGAACGCGGCCAACGAGCAUGGCAACACAGCACUCCACUAUGCCUGCUUCUGGGGAUACGACUUGCUAGCUGAGGAGCUGGUAAACAAUGGGGCUCUGGUGGGGAUCUGUAACCGCUACGGGGAAACUGCUCUGGACAAGGCUAAACCUCACCUGCAGCAGCUGCUCAAGGAGCUCGCCCAGACCCUGGGUCAGAACGUGGCGCGGACUCCGUACAACGACUUGUGCUGGAAGGGAACCACGCGGACACGUCCACGCAACGGGACGCUCAACAAACACGCUGGCAUCGACCUCAAGCAGAUCCAGCUGCAGGGCAAACUUCACUCUAACCAGUCUGGCGAGCUGUGGCGAGCUCGCUGGCAAGGUAACGAUGUGGUGGUGAAGAUGCUGAACGUCCGAGACUUCAGCACUCGCAAGGGUCGAGACUUCUGCGAGGAAUACCCCCGACUACGCAUCUUCUCCCACCCCAACGUGCUUCCGGUGUUGGGUGCCUGCACCUUCCCCACGGCCCCAGCGCCCACCGUCAUCACCCAGCUGAUGCCCUUCGGCUCCCUCUACAACCUCCUGCACGAGGGCACCAGUCUGGUGGUGGACCAGGCGCAGGCUGUUAAGUUUGCUCUGGACGUGGCCAAGGGCUUUGCGUUCCUGCACACUCUGGAGCCUCUCAUCCCUCGCCUGCACCUCAACAGUCGGAGCAUUAUGGUGGAUGACGACAUGAUGGCACGUGUCAGCAUGGCGGACGCUAAGUUUUCCUUCCAGUGUCCGGGGAAACUUUACUGCCCUGCCUGGAUGGCACCAGAGGCGCUACAGAAGCGCCCUGAGGACAUGAACCGCCGCUCCUCCGACAUGUGGAGCUUCGCCGUCCUGCUGUGGGAGCUCGUCACCAGAGAGGUUCCCUUCGCUGAUCUCUCCAACAUGGAGAUCGGCAUGAAGGUGGCUCUGGAGGGUCUACGCCCCACCAUCCCGCCCGGCAUCUCCCCGCACAUCUGCAAGCUGAUGAGGAUCUGCAUGAACGAGGACCCAGCCAAGAGGCCCAAGUUCGACAUGAUAGUUCCCAUCCUGGAAAAGAUGCAGGAGAAGUGAGGGGCUGUGGGGGGGAGGGGC